CGUCAAAAUAAUUUUAUGCCAAUAAGAUACUCUUACUCACAAAUUAGAAAGAUGAGCGGACGUUUUCAAGACAAAUUGGGGGAAGGAGGUUAUGGCUCUGUCUUCAAAGGAAAACUUAGAAGUGGAAGAUUGGUAGCAAUUAAGGUGUUGGGCAAAGCAAAAAGUAAUGGACAAGACUUUAUUAAUGAAGUUGCAACCAUUGGGAGAAUUCACCAUGUCAAUGUGGUGAGUCUUGUUGGCUUUUGCUCCGACAGAACAAAACGUGCUCUUGUAUAUGAUUUCAUGCCCAAAGGCUCUCUUGACAAGUACAUGUUGUCUCAAGAGGGGCAUAUAUCCUUAAGUUGGAAGAAAAUGUACGAAAUUUCUCUCGGGAUUGCACGAGGGAUUGAAUAUCUACAUCGAGGUUGUGACAUGCAGAUCCUACACUUUGAUAUUAAACCUCACAACAUCCUUCUUGAUGAAAAUUUUGUUCCAAAGCUAUCAGAUUUUGGUCUUGCUAAAUUGUGUUCAACAGAUGAUAGCAUCGUGUCUGUCACUGCAGCAAGAGGAACAAUCGGAUACAUAGCCCCAGAGCUGAUCUACAAAAGAAUUGGAGGUGUUUCGUACAAAGCCGACGUGUAUAGUUUUGGGAUGCUAUUAAUGGAAAUGUUAGGGAAACGAAAGAAGCUCGAUGCAACAACGGAUAAUAACUCAAGUCAGAUGUACUUUCCUUUGUGGGUUUACCAUAAAAUGGUGCAAGGAAAGAUUACGGAAGUUGAGGAUGCCACAGAGGAGGAGGAAAAUAUGAUUAAAAAGAUGAUAGUAGUAGGAUUAUGGUGCAUACAGAUAAGGCAUUGCAAUCGUCCCUCAAUGAGAAAAGCAAUCCAAAUGCUUGAAGGACAUGCAGAAAAUUUAGAAUUGCCUCCUGAGCCUACUUUUAAUAUAGAACAAGUGCCAGCAGAGAAUAUUGAAGAAACUACAAACCCGACAUGGUCAUCCUUGACAUCAGUUGAAGUGUCAGAAUCUAUAAAAUUGGUUAUAGAUGCAAACUGAGUAAAUGUAAUACUAAGUAUUUAUAAUUGAUUGAGCCAAGAAAAGGCGUUGAAACUCCAUUAUAAUAAUGUAAUUUGUUUAUCAGUAUGACAAUAGAUGCAUUUUCAGUAUCCAUAUAUCAAAUGCAUUAGUGAUAUUCAUUGGCUCUCACCCAUUGAAAAGAAUUUGAAACAAACAAACCCGACUACAGAGUACAUAACACAAACACAGAGAUAGACUUCUGUAAGUUAGUUGCAUCAACCUUAAUUGUAUC